GCAGGUAGGCAGGAAGGAGAGCCGUCCCAUCCCGGCGGUAGGCUCCGGCUCCCGGACUCCAUUUCCCAGGGAGCCGCCGUGCCGGGGAGGGAGUGCCCAGCCUGGGCAGGGCUGCCGCGUCUGCAGGAAGCGCCGCGCAGGAGUUGGCGGCGGCAUUGGUGGCGGCGGCGAGACGCUGGGGCCGUGCCGGAUCUGCCUUGCAAAGAACUUGUCGGCAUGGCUGAGCCAAGGGGACAAAAGUGCAUCUUGGUGACUGGCGGCUCAGGGCUAGUUGGGAAGGCCAUUGAGAAGGUGGUAGACGAUGGGGAGCGGCGGCCGGAUGAGGAGUGGAUCUUCGCGUCCUCCAAAGAUGCCGACUUAACGGAUGCUGCAGCAACGAGGGCCCUCUUUGAGAAACACCGGCCUACCCAUGUCAUUCACUUGGCAGCCAUGGUGGGUGGCCUCUUCAGGAACAUCAAGUAUAACUUGGAUUUCUGGCGAAGGAACAUGCAUAUCAACGACAACGUCCUGCACUCGGCGUAUGACUCCGGCGUUCAAAAAGUGGUGUCCUGCCUCUCCACUUGCAUAUUCCCUGACAAGACCACCUACCCUAUCGAUGAGACCAUGAUUCACAGUGGUCCACCUCACAACUCCAACUUUGGGUAUUCUUAUGCAAAGAGGAUGAUAGAUGUCCAGAACAGGGGAUACUUUGAACAGCACGGGUGCCGCUUCACCGCCGUCAUUCCCACCAACGUCUUUGGGCCUCACGACAACUACAGCAUCGAGGAUGGGCACGUUCUGCCAGGCCUCAUCCACAAAGUGUACUUGGCCAAGAGAAAUGGCACAGCUCUCACUGUCUGGGGGACGGGAAAACCCAGGAGGCAGUUCAUUUACUCUCUGGACUUGGCACGGCUAUUCCUCUGGGUCCUGAGGGAGUACGAUGAAGUGGAGCCCAUCAUCUUGUCAGUUGGAGAAGACGACGAAGUCUCCAUACGGGAAGCGGCCGAGUGCGUGGUGAGGUCCAUGGACUUCAAGGGGGAGCUCCUUUUCGAUACAACAAAGUCCGAUGGACAGUUCAAGAAAACCGCCAGCAACAGCAAGCUGAAGAGAUACCUCCCAGACUUCCAGUUUACACCGUUUGAGCAAGCUGUGAAGGAAACAUGCAACUGGUUCUGCAGCAACUAUGCCAUUGCCAGGAAAUGAUUUAAUCAAAGGAAUCGGAGUGAUCAGAUACUGCCCAGGGCUGCUCUCUGCAAUUUUGCAUCAAACUCAGGUUGUCGUUUGCUGGAGUAAAGAAUGAGAACCAAAGGGCUGUUUGGGGUGCAUUUGGGGGGUGCACUUUUUCCUGAAGCUGUGGUGAUGGUUUUAAAAAAAAGUGGAUCAGGUUAAAUCUUUAUGAAGCAAUACUCGAAAGUAUUGGUAUGGGGUGGCAGUGGUGGUGGUGUCUUUCCUGUUUUAAAGAGCUGAUUUGAGCACUCUGCCCUACAGAGAAAUCUUGGGAGACACUUAGCCUAGCUGGCUCUUUCCAAAUGAAAAUACUCAGCUUCUCUUAGUUGUCUUGUUUCAUAGCAUUGGAGUUGUCUUUUGUGGAGCAAAGUGCAACUACUGUACCAUUUUUUUACCCAUAUCACCUUGCAUUUUUGGGAAGAGAAUGUUUCCUUAUAGCAAAAGCUGAUGUGGUUGUAGGAAGCUCUUUAAUCUAAGUGGUAUCCUGAAGGUACAAACCUCAGCCCUCCUUCCCUCACUUUAUAAUCCAACCCUUAAAUACUCAGAGACUCAGGACAGUUUUCAAAAUUACUGUUGUGUAGGCUGUUGCACGUGAGGGCACAGAGCUUACACUUUGCAUAAAGGUGGCCCCGGGUUCAAGCUCCAACCUGUCCCACUAAAAGGAUUGUAGGUUGCAGGGACCAAAUGGGCCUGACUAAGCUUCAAAACAGGAGCUUCAGUUGUUCAGUGCCCCACAAGUGUGGGUUUGGGAUUUUGUUUUGCUAGAUUUGCCACCUUUGAAUGUUUUCAAACUGCGUGGCUAGAGGAGCCCUGGCCUACAAGCUUAAGAGGCAAAAUUCAGGUUAACCUCUUAAGGUUUUUAUUCCAGAAGGCCUUAUGGAAAGAUACAUGGGAGCUAGCCGGUGAACGCUGAGCUAGCAAAUGACCCAGGCAGCUGGAGUCCUUAAUUUGGUAGCAGUUCCAAAGAUUGCUGUAGCUCAUUUCACUUUGACCUGCACUACACUUGAGGUAGGCCUGUCUGAAGGAAACACACCGCUGUAAUCAAACUCUUCAAUAAAUCAGUUAUUUCUUA